AUCACAUCUGUGUUUACACCAUCACCUGUCACACGCACACACACCCUCCGCUACAUUUCUCUCUGUCAGGAGCUGGAACACACACUCACACUGAAGCGACCGCGGUAACCACUAACUGGACGGACUCUCUGGCAAUCGACCCUUUGCAGUGGAAUAGCGGAAUAAGUCUUGAACGAUGAGCUCAGUGGCAGUGUUGACCCCGGAGAGUUUUGCGGAGCAUCGCAGCGGCCUGAAGGACCAGGACCUCACAGGCUGCGUCCCGGAGGAUGAGGCCUACAUCCCCACCUACCUGGAGGCCUUCCCCCCGCUGCCGGAGAAGGGAGCACCAGGGGAGAAGACCGGGGAGCCGGCUUCAGCGUGGGGGGGCAAGAUCAGGCCCAUCAAAGCCUCUGUCAUCACCCAGGUUUUCCACGUGCCCCUGGAGGAGCGGCGCUACAAGGACAACAGCCAGUUCGGGGAGGGCGAGGAGGCCAAAGUGUGUCUGGAGAUCAUGCAGCGGACGGGCGCCCACAUCGAGCUGUCGCUGGCCAAAGACCAGGGCCUGUCCAUCAUGGUCACGGGAAAACUGGAGUCUGUCAUGAAGGCUCGCAAGGAAAUCGUAGCUCGACUGCAGACGCAGGCCUCGGCUACGGUUGCCAUCCCCAAGGAGCACCAUCGGUUUGUCAUCGGCAAGAACGGCGAGAAGCUGCAGGAGCUGGAGCUGAAGACGGCCACGAAGAUCGCUAUUCCACGACCCGACGACCCCAGCACCAACAUCCGCAUCACCGGCACCAAGGAGGGCAUCGAGAAGGCUCGCCACGAGAUCCUGCUCAUCCACGCGGAACAGGACAAGCGUGCGGUGGAGCGUCUGUCCCUGGAGAAGGCCUUCCACCCCUUCAUCGCCGGCGCCCACAACCGGCUGGUGCAGGAGCUGAGCCAGGAGACCGGCGCCCGCAUCAGCAUCCCCCCCCCGAGCCUGCCCAAGGACGAGAUCGUCAUCACCGGGGAGAAGGAGGCCGUCGCUCUGGCGGUCAACCGCAUCCGAGCCAUCUACGAAGACAAGAAGAGGAAGACCACCACUAUCUCCGUGGAGGUGAAGAAAUCUCAGCACAAGUACAUCAUUGGUCCAAAGGGCAACACCCUGCAGGAGAUCCUGGAGACCACAGGGGUGUCCGUGGAGAUGCCUCCUCUGGACUCCUGCUCGGAGACCAUCAUCCUGAGGGGGGAGCCGGACAAACUGGGACCAGCUCUCACACAGGUCUACGCCAAGGCCAAGAGCGUGAUGGUGCUGGAGGUCACCGCUCCGGCCUGGCUGCACCGAUUCAUCAUUGGCAAGAAAGGACAGAACAUCGGGCGGAUCACACAGCAGCUUCCACGGGUGCACAUUGAAUUUACGGACGGUGAAGAGCGCAUCAGUCUGGAGGGGCCGACGGAGGAGGUGGAGCUGGCUCAGGCCCAGAUACAGGAGAUCAUCAAGGACCUGCUGGUGAGGAUGGACUACACUGAGGUCAUCAUAGACCAGCGCUUCCACAGACACCUCAUCGGGAAGAACGGAGCAAACAUCAAUCGGAUCAAGGAGCAGUACAAAGUGUCGGUACGAAUCCCCCAGGACUCGGAGCGAAGUGGUCUGGUCCGGAUCGAGGGAGACCCGAAAGGAGUCCAGCUGGCGCGCAGGGAACUCCUCGAGAUGGUCCAGAGAAUGGAAAACGAACGCACCAAAGAUCUGAUCGUUGAGCAGAAGCUCCAUCGGACAAUCAUCGGCCAGAAGGGAGAGAAGAUAAAAGAAGUUCGAGAUAAGUUCCCCGAGGUCAUCAUCAAUUUCCCCGACCCGGCGCAGAAGAGUGACAUCGUGCAGCUGAGAGGUCCGAAGAACGAGGUGGAGAAAUGUGCCAAGUUCCUCCAGAAGAUCAUCGCUGACCUGAUCGAGAGCAGCUUCUCGCUCUCCGUUCCCAUCUUCAAGCAGUUUCACAAAAACAUCAUCGGUAAGGGCGGCGCCAACAUCAAAAAGAUCCGUGAAGAGACCAACACUAAGAUCGACCUCCCGACCGAGAACAGCAACUCGGAGACGAUCGUCAUCACGGGCAAGAAGAGCAACUGUGAGGCGGCGAGAGAACGAAUCCUCGCCAUCCAGAGGGAGCUGGCAAACAUCAAGGAGACGGAGGUCGCCAUCCCAGCCAAACUGCACAACUCUCUGAUCGGCUCCAAAGGCUGCCUGGUGCGCUCCGUCAUGGAGGACUGCGGCGGCGUCCACAUCCAUUUCCCCUCGGAAGGCUCCGGCUCCGACAAGGUCACCAUCAGAGGGCCGGUCGGAGAAGUGGAGAAGGCCAAGAAGCAGCUGCUGCAGCUGGCUGAGGAGAAGCAAGUCAACAACUUCACCGCCGAGCUGCAGGCGAAACCAGAGUACCAUAAAUUCUUGAUCGGCCGCGGCGGAGCGAACAUCCGCCGCGUGCGAGACAGAACGGGAGCGAGAAUCAUCUUCCCGUCGCCCGACGACACGGAGCAGGAGCUGAUCACCAUCGUAGGGAAGGAGGAAGCCGUGCGUCACGCUCAGAGGGAACUGGAGAGUCUGGUCAAAAACCUGGACGACGUGGUGGAGGACAACAUGGUCGUGGACGUCCGGCACCACCGCCACUUUGUGUGCCGGAGAGGCCAGGUUCUGCGGGAGCUGGCGGAAGAGUACGGGGGGGUGGCGGUGAGCUUCCCUCGCACGGGCGCCAACAGCCAGCGGGUCACUCUGAAGGGAGCCAAGGACUGUGUGGAGGCCGCGAAGAAACGCAUCCAGGAGAUCAUCGAGGACCUGGAGUCCCAGGUGAGCUUGGAGGUUGCCAUCCCUCAGCGCUACCACCGAGCCAUCAUGGGGCCCAAAGGCUGCCGCAUCCAGCUCAUCACCCGGGAGCAUGAGGUUCAGAUCAAGUUCCCCGAGAGAGACGACAGCGCCGCAGUUUCAGGUCAGGAGCCUCCACCACAGGAAAAUGGCGAAGUCGGUCCAGAGGCGGAGUUCGUCGCCCGCAAGUGUGACACCAUCGUCAUCUCUGGGCGUGCAGAGAAGUGUGAGCCGGCGAAAGCUGCCUUACUGGCGUUGGUGCCCAUCACGGAGGACGUGGAGGUGUCGUACGAGCUGCAUCGCUACAUCAUCGGUCAGAAGGGCAGCGGCAUCAGGAAGAUGAUGGAGGAGUACGAGGUGAACAUCUGGGUGCCGCAGCCUGAGAAGCAGCUGGAUGUGAUCAAGGUGACGGGUCUGGAGGCCAACGUGGAGCGAGCCAAGCUGGGUCUGAUGGAGCGGGUGAAGGACCUGCAGGCCGAGCAGGAGGACAGAGCCCUAAGGAGCUUCAAGGUGACCUUGUCUGUGGAUCCCAAAUUUCAUCCCAAGAUCAUCGGCCGCAAGGGAGCCGUCAUCUCUCAAAUAAGGAAAGACCACGACGUCAGCAUCCAGUUCCCAGACAAAGGAGACGAGCAGCAGGAUCUGAUCGUGAUCUCUGGGUACGAGCGGAACGUGGAGGAGGGGCGUCAGGCCAUCCAGCAGCUGGUGGCCGAGCUGCAGGAGAUGGUGAGUCAAGAGGUCCGCCUGGACCCGAGGACCCACGCUCGCAUCAUCGGCGCCCGGGGCAAGGCCAUCCGCAAGCUGAUGGAAGAGUUCAAGGUGGAUAUACGGUUUCCUCAGCCGGGCUCCGACGAGCCGGACAAAGUGACGGUGACGGGUCUUCCAGAGACUGUGGACAACGCCAUCGACCACCUGCUCAACUUGGAGGAGGAAUAUAUGCUCAGUGUAACAGAGACUGAGACCUUGGCGGCGUACAUGAAGCCUCCAUCCCGCUGUGGAGCUGGAGGAGGCUCAGGAGGAGGAGACGAUGGCAGCGGAGGUCCUGCCAAGGGCUUUGUGGUGCGGGACGCCCCCUGGAACGAACCAGGGGACAAGGCUCCUGACAUGAGCAGCGCGGAGGACUUCCCUACGUUUGGGACGACUGUGGCCCCGAAGCAAACAUCAGCCUGGGGCCCCAAGAAGUUCUGAAGCUGCUCAUGUGGAGGAAAAACAACAACAAAAAAAGAUACUUCUGUAAAGUAGAUGAGAUGAAACAAAUCUCUUAUCAAACUGCUGCUCGCUCGCCUUCCUUCCUUCCUCCUCCUCUCCUCAUUAGUGACCUCCCCUUGUCUCCUUUUCUCUGUAAACCCCCCUUGAACUUUCCUCCCACAACCAGCCACAACGAAUUAUGGGAGAACCAUCCCCUUGUCCUCAUCUGUCUCUCUUCUUGGUACCUCCACCUCCUCCUUGAGGAUAAAAAAAAAAGAGAGAACGUCCAUAGUUUGGCUGUCUAACUCUCCCCUGACAUGACCAGUGAGUGAAUCAUGUUGAGAGGAGUCCGAGUGCACUGGGGAAACUAGGGGUCACGGGAUCAUGCGUCCAAGUUGCAAAAGCUAAAUCUUGGAAUUUUUUUGUAAGCUCAGUGAAAAUAAGAGGGCAGCCUGUGUUUUACAGUUUGUAAAAUCAACAUAUUUUAAGGUUCUUUCCUGUGUUUCUUUUUUAUGAGGUUUCCUUGUCAGCUCAACCUUUUAGUGUGGUGCAGUAGUUGAAGCAAUGACCUGUGUGAGUGUAUGAAUGUCGGCAUAAAAAAAAAACAGCUGCUGCCGCCGACUCUGCAGGUUUUAAUUUAAAAAUCCCGAAUCUAAAGAUGUGGAAGCUUAUUGUUUGUAUGUUUUAUUUAUUCAAAAAGAAAAAGAAAGGAAAAAGAAAGAAAGAGAACGGAGCCAUUUUAUUUGAAACUACUGUGAUAAUGCGUUUUUUUUUUUUUUUUUUUUAUAAAAGCAAUCACUGUAGCUUGAUGCUGACAAACUUGUGUUCGGGAGCGAAUGUUGUGCUUCAGGGUUUUGGAAAAAUGUUACCAGUUGUUGUAAGUGUACAAAGAACUUUUUCGCUAUUUUUUUAAACUGUGGGAUUUUUGUUGUUAGUUUCUGGCAUAUUUGAAAAAGACUGAAUGUGUGUGUGUGUGUGCGUGUGGAAGUUAAGAUGUACAUUUGAAUGAAGCUGAACCAAACUUUUACAUCAUCUUUGUCAGUUCUGUGUCUCCUCUCUGAGCCGUUCUCGGAGCCAACGAGUUUCCGUCGACAUGCACACGAUGCUGCUUCAAAUCCACGAUCUGGUUUCCUCUGGUCCAAGUGCUUCAGUGACAUUUUGUAGCAAACACCUCCGUUGCCCCUUUAACUCCCCUUUAACUCCCCCCUUUUCCAGUCCUGAGACUUUAAAAACUCAAACUGUGCUGUUCAGUUUACCCGGAUCUCAAUUAGGCUUCCCCCCCGGUGGUCUUAAAGGAACAAGACCUUGCACACUUGUUGGUGUUCUGAGAAGAUUGAUCCUGCUCUGAUGUCUGGGUGUGAAGAGCCGAGCCGGGAGAAGAUUAACGAAGCUCAGGAUUAAGACUGAAACCAGCAGGAAGAAUUCGGAAGAGAAGACAUUAAAAGGUUCAGUGUGUAAGAUUUAGGUGAAAGGGAUCUAUUGGCAGAAAUUAAAUAUAAAAUAAUGCUAGUGAUGUAUGUACUUAUUGUUGUUUUUCAUUAUCUUACAAUGGGCUCUUUAUAUUUAAAUAAAUUAUAUUUACAUCUGGAGCAGGUCCUCUUUUUACAGUAGCCCAGCUAAACACCUUUUGAGUUUUUAUGACAACUGAAGCUACCACAGGUUCCGUCAUGUUUGGAAGUGAGGGUUGUUCAGCUGUAACAUGCAACUUCACCACAAGGUGUCACUAAAUUCUACACACUGAACCUUUAAAGCGUAAAGAAAACGUCUACAAACACGUAAAAACGCACAAAUUGUUACGCUAUCUUGUUUAUGUAAUUGCUUCAGAAAUAAAAAUACUGCAAUUUUUGGUUUUACAAAAAGUAAUGUGCAAAACAUUUUUGGAGAUAAACGAUUAUUGUGAUUAAAGUAAAGUUGGAUUAAUUUUUUUCAGUUACGCUAGCUGUUUCCUCAUCAGGGUCCAACAUUAAAAAACGUCCGAGCUGGUGCAGAAAGAUUAGUAACCUGAACUAUGCAAUCCAACAGGAUGAUCCAGCAGAUCACCGUCUGUCACUGUGUGGUUUCGAUACUUUGAGUUUGUCUCAUUAUCAAGUUGCUAAUUCUCUCCAUUCGUUUUCUAAUCGCUUCACGUGUCUGUUCUUGUUCCCGGAGCAGCCACCGCUUCUGUAAAGAGAGAAAAAAGCAAACCACAACCCACUAUUGGCCUUAACGAGCAAUUAGUCUACAGCAUUUGGAAAGGUGUGAUUGUGCAACGCUGCAAUAACAUGUCAGUGACCGAACCUUUUUUUCCUACUCUUAAAUAAAAUGUGAAGAAACAGAAACACGA